AUGGCUAAAAAUAAAAGGAAAAGGAAACUUAAGGAACAGGACUUCCAGAAGGUGAAGUUUAAGGUUGGAAAGAAACUUAAACCUGCGGAGAAUGCCACAGACUCUUCAUUUAAAUCAAGAGGGAUCUUCGUCCCAGCUCAGCUUCAUACACUCGACAGUGUACCAACAAAUCAAAGGAACCAGACCAUGAAGGUACAUGAAUUUCCACUUUACUUUUCUGGUGUAAGGGUGUACAAUAACGUAAAUCUUACGGGCUCGGUCACAUCUCAUUUCUGACCUAUGGGUGACGUUUAGUUUUGCACGUGGCUGCACAGGUACCCCAAACUCCUCGAGCCUAGUAUGCAGUCGCAUUAUGAACAAAAUGAUUCUGAAAAAGUUUUGAAUUUCCGUAACAUAAACAUUUGCAUAUUUAAGGUGGUGCCAUAAGCUGGGGUGACCUGUGGUGGCCGUUUUUAUAAUUCUGAUAACUACAUGUAAUUUACAAGGAAAUGUCGAGUGGCUUGAGGGGAGAAUUAGCUGUCAGAUCUUGGGAAUAAAGGAUUGAUAAAGGGGAUAGGUUUCCUAAGUAUUAAAGUUCUUAACCUGGUUUAUCCUCUACUCAUUCCAUAGGAUUUACUUGCCCAAGUGGGUCAUUACAGUGUGAACACUAGGCAGCAAGCACUAGGAGGUCUUAAGGAUCUGUUCCAACAUCACGAGAAUCUCCUACAUGAAAAUCUUGGAAUUGUAAUCAAAAGAAUUUGCGAGAAAAUGACUGAUAGUGACCCAUCAGUCCGACAGUCACUUCUCCUGUUACUCUGUUUCAUAUUCCCACUAGUAUCACAAGAAAAGAUGGUACCAUUUGCUGCACUAGUGAUUGCUCAUUUAAGUUGUGCUAUGACGCACAUUUAUGAUGACAUACAACAUGAUUCACUUGGAUUUCUUGAGCUUUGUCUUCGUUAUUUUCCUAAUCUAAUGGUUGGAAGCUCUUCACAGCUGAUUCAAAACUUUGUGGGUAUGAUUUCACGUCAGAACAUUCCAGGUACAAAGCAGUCAAAAGGGCCACAACAUAAAGUUGGAAAAGGACUUGCUGUGAAUCCAAAGGGGAAACUUUCUUCUCUAAGGUCACGUCUCAAAAUUCUACAGCAAUUAUUGGCAUUGUUAAAAGCCCUGGAAUCUUCUUCCAAUUCCAAUCCAUUAUCAUCAGCAAACCUGGUUCAGUUACCAAGUAAAAAACCAACAAUUAAUUUUGACAAGAAAAAGCCAACACGAAUCCAGGUUUUAGAACAUUCCAUUGAAGAACCAACUUUACACUCCUUCACUUUUGAUAGUAGCACAGCAACUACAGCAUUAAACACAGAAAGUAAAAACAAUAUUUUAACUGAUGGACAGAUGGUAAAGGAUUUCAUGGAAGUAAUUGUACCUUUAUUACUGGAAUGUUGGAUAGAGUGUAGUCCUGCUCAAAUGACAACUGCACUACCUAACAGUAUGGUAUCUUCCUCAUCUAUUGAUGUUAUGUUGGCUGUGACAGAAAUUCUUAAAAUUGUCUUCAAAGCAGCCCAGGAAAAACAGACAAACGCUAAAGUCUCUGAAAUACACAAACCUGGAGACAACUUACUGGAUGUUUAUUUCAAAGACAUCAAUCAGCAUUUGCUGAGUUUCUUUCCAUUUUCAGUCUUGGAUACACCAGUGGUGAAGAGGGGGAGGAGAAAGCUAGGAAAGGCUUCUCAGCAAGCUAUGGGUGAGAACUCCAAUGCUCCUGUGCUAACCCUAAACCUGAAAAUUUGCGAAAUCAUGAUGCUCUUUGUAAAGAAUGGCUCUGCUGUGCAGAAGAACUAUCAUACUGUAGUCCACAGGCUGGAAGAGUUUGUCAUUGAAUCACUAGAGUUAAAAGCAUCAGGAGGUGCUACAGGCCAACAGUUUCAGACAGAACAAGUGGAGAGUCUGGUCACAUUUGCUCAUCAGAUUCUUGAAUAUCACUGCAGUUGUAUAAAAAUGGGUAUUGCAAGCAAACCAGGAGAACUUCUUCAUGCAGCAUUCAAUUUGUAUCAGUCAAGUCACAUUAAGUCUGGGACUAAAAGAGUGUUGAUCAAUUUUUUAGCAAGUCUUGUUUUCCAAGAGAACAUGGAUUUUUCUGAGUGAGUUUUUAUUUGGUUAGUUAUUGUAGAUGCCAUUUUUUUCUGACAAAUACAGAUCUAAUUUUCUACUGCUUUAUAUGAAAUAAACAAUAUAUUGACCUGUGGAUUAGGUAAAGGGGGUAAGUUUCUGAAGAAAUUGUGGUUCUGGGUCAGUAGGGGAGUAUUACAAGAUACAGAUAAUAAUUAGUUGAUAAUACACUGUACAGUAAAUUAGUCACCCUAAAGAGUUUCUUAGGCCGACAUUUUGCGGGUUAGCCUUAGGUCAGAGCAAAUUGGACAAUUAGGACUUACUCUGAGGUAGGGCUUAUACUACAGUGGUGGCUUUAAAAUCUCUUUCUAGUGGCCACUUCACUUUAUCAACUCAGUUGAUAAAACCUACAUUGUAAUUAUCUAGUAAUAAGUCCCACUUCAGAAACUUACUUAUCUGGGAGGCACUACAUCAAUCCUAGUGUUAACCUGAAUUCCUACAAACAUCUUUUUCUUUCUUGUGAUUUCCCAUUCUUCCGUCAUGCUAAAGUGAUUUGAUAAAACAAUCUUUCAUAACAGGCUUUUUGAGGUGCAGGAACUUGUUGAGAAAUGGCUGCUUGGAUUGCCUGGCCUGUUAGUGCAAUUGAAGGAUACCACCCCUGGCCUGAUAGAACUUGUUUUAAGAGUCAUGAAAAAGGCAGUUGUGCAAGGUGUCCUACAAUCAGAUGACAAAGUCUUGUCUCAGCUGGCUAUGUUCUUCUGUAAGUGUUCAGACAGCACACAAUUUUAUCUCUGAUUUUGCUAUGUGAUCAUGCAGUGAGUAUACUCUUAAGAACAACCAUUUUCUUUAUUCUCGUCACCCUAAUGUGUGAUUCUGGGGUGGCAUUCUAAGGAGAAAUUAGUUGCUCAUCACUCUUGGCAGUUGAAUGGUCAACCCUUUAACUCUCAUAAGUGACCGAGACAGAAUUUCUCCUUGCAAUUUCCACACAAUAUCAUGCAGACUACUGAUGAGAAUAAAGAAUAAUAUCAAUUCAGGGAUUAUUAGUUGAUCCAAUACCAAAUUCUCCAAGUUAACAUCAUGAGAAUUGUAUAGCAGACAGUAAGGAGAAUUACUAAUGAGAUCUUAAGAGUGAAAGGGUUAAGGAUCCCCUUUAACACCCUAAGAAUGCCAUGAAACUGAUACAGAUAGUUUUACCUUUUAACUUACAUUUAUUUUUUCAUUAGCCAAGGACAAAGGUUCAUUUUCAAAACUGAGAGGAGGGAUUCAACGCUUGGCAGUGGAGCUAUUGUUUCACCUCCCAUCGCUGGAUGAUCAGUUGUUGGCAAACAUUGUAUCAUGUUGUCAUGGAGAACAAGUUGAUGUGGCAGUAAUUCAAUACCUUCUCCAAGUCUUGCUUUACAGGUUUGUAAACAUGGGACAAAAUUUCUUUGACUUCUGAGGAAAUAACUUAUAGCAUUUUAUUUAGACAGCAGUGUUCUCAAUGGAGCAUAAUCAAGAGGCAUGGCCUUCAACUCAGUCCUGUAGAUCUGGAGUCUGUUUUGUUCACCAUCAGUUCACUGCAUUUUCCACACUUGUAGAUGUAACUGUCAUGCAAUUUAGUUUAUAUAUCUGAUCAGUCUAUACAGAUCACAUUUGUGUAUAUAUUUACAGGUCUCCAAGUUAUGAAGGUGUUGUGUCUCACCCUGCUGCAUUCACCUUUGAAGCAUACUUGAGUGCCCUUCUUGGUAUAGCAAUAGGUAUGUAGUAAUUUGGAUUGAUUCAGAUUCCCUGGACUACAAAACCUGUUUUGAUAACUCUGCUCCCCUCCCUCCCUCCCUUCUACCCUUCAAUUAGCAACCUGGUCCAAUAACUAUAAUUUAUUAUACUGAUAUGCCUUAUUCAGCAUACAUGUAGCAUUACCUAGAGGCAGGUGGGGGGAGGGGCAUUUCAAGAGAUUCUGAUGUCAAGAGUGUUCUACAGCUUGAAGAUCAACUUCAUCUCAAUAUGUGUUGUCCAUAACUGUAGACUGGUUGUGAUCUUGCGUAUAAAGAACAACCUGUUGUUGUUUUCUCUGCAGGAUAUUCCAAAUACCAACUCAGUGAUUACCAAGAUGUGAAUAACCAGGCUGAAACUUGUGAGGUCACUGAUUUCAUGUGAGGAGAAUUUGGGCUCUCAGAGCAAUUUCCAACUGAGUGUCAAAAAUAAUCUAUGAUUACAUUGGUUUUGCUCUUCUUUGCUCCUUGAUUGGCCAGAAAACUCACACCACUCUCCCACACUUUUGGUUGACUUUAUGCAAGUUCUCAUUGGCUCCUACAGGAAAUUUCCCUUCUCCUGAUUGGCUGCAAUGCUUACUUUGGUAUUGGUUUUACAAUAUUCAAUCCAACAGCACUCUAUCAGUUAACAAACCCAAUCUGAGUAUUUAUCAUUUUACACAUACCAGCCAUUUAGAGAGAUUCUUUUUUGUUCUGUAGAGGCUGCCCUUUUUCUAUUUUACAUGAAAACAAAGGACAGGAGGUUGAUGAAGCUAACUUGUGGCAGAGCCAACAAAGGAAGUUGCAGGUAAAUUGUAAUGAUCAGCUUGUACAGUACCUGCCAGUUUUAUUUAAGCUAGUACCCUUUGACUCCUGACACUGACCAACAUCUAAUUUCUCCUCACAAUAUCACCCCAGAGUGAAACACUCAAAUCACGAGAAUAAGGGAAAUGAUCACCAACUAAAGAGGUCUUGAUUGUUUUAAAACAAACUCUCCUUGUCAGUACCUAAGGAAGUGUAUAGAGAACAGUAUUGAGAAUAUGCAUACUGAUGCUAGGGCGUAAAGAGUAAUGGUGAUUUAUCUUUUGUUCUUUGAAUUCUUAGGCAGUUUUCCAGUGUUUCAAACACUGUCCAUUCAGCACUUUGCUACGGCUCGUGAGCCAAAAAUUGGAACAGCUUCUGGUAUGAUUCCAUGUUUUCUCUUGAUUAAUAAAGUCGUACCAUGUUUUAAAGAAGAUCUCGUCCAGAAAACGUAGUAAAGCUUACUACAUAGGAUGUUUUUUUUUUUUUUAAGAUUAUUACAUUUUAUUAGAUUUGUUAUUGUUUCAAUUUAAUGGUUUACUCAUUCAUCUUCAGCUUGAUUACAAAGUUCUCCCCUUGAGUGCUGUACACGGUAUUUUGUGCGUAAUGAGAUGGUAUGUGUUUCAACCCGAACAAAUUUUAUAUUGAUGUGUUAUUUGUUAAGGAAACUUUCGUUUACAAUUACUAUAACGUACAUCAUACAUAAUAACAUUUAGAGAUUGCCGCACUAGACCGAAGCUAUUCUCCUUGACAGUAAGCACAUACACGAGAGUAAUUUUUCUCUUCUGGAAUUGAUGUCUGGGAAAGAAGUCUUACAAUGCACUCUUUAUUUCCAAAGAUCUAGCCUCAGAAAAAAAUGUCUCUUUUGUGUUUUCCAGACGCGUGGCAAGAAAACCCCAAAAUGACGCCUAGACCUAAAGCAAGCGCAAGGCGAAGGUCGUGUCACUUGCCAGAGCAGGAUUGCGCGCUCAUCUCCUCCCAUCCUUAGCCCUCUUCCCCACUCAUACCCACUCCGUCCUUUUUGUCUCCGUUUUCCUCUUCGCCCCUACCCUCGACCAAAGAUCCUUUUCACAGGGAAAAGAUCCCAUUAAAAGUUCUCGUUUCUAUUGGAUGUGAUACGGAUUCGUUUUUCUUUCUAAUUACCAAUGCUUUAAAUUCAUCUUAUUUCUAGUGUGAUGCAAUUAGCUUCAGACACCAGCUCUGCAGACGGAAAUUGCCCUUUUCCAACCUUUUUGUUGCUAUCUCUGACACAUUUGACGCUGGUUUGUUUGAAGCACUGCACGAGGAGAUCUUUUUCAUGCAGUGAGCAGAAACCAAGGAGCGAGGAUUUGUUUGUCGAAGUUGUGGAGUUGUUAUGUGCAGUGCCGCAAAUGAUCCUGGAGAUAUUGUCGCAUCUGGUGGCAGUCCUUUCAGGUACGAAACUAUCAGAGUUUGGGACCAGGCCCUCGUUAUUAGCACCGCUGGACGCGCGUUUCUCCGCCCGCGGGAGAAGAAAACGAGUAGGGAAGAGAUUUGCCGGGGGUCUGGCACUAAUAAUUAUCGGUGCCAAACCGCCUCCAGACCUCUCGCCGGCUCACGUUGACUGCAGUGAAGAGGCGCUCGAGUGUGCUAUGGAGCGUUAAGCAGAUGAGCCUGGAAACGAGUAACAAAAGCGUGAGACCUUUAGAACAGGGAGACUAGUAUCUUUAUCCCAGGCUCUGCUCCUCGUUUUCUCUUCACCUCCUUUAUUUUCAUCAAGCGCUCAAAAAUACCAUCAGGUACGCAGGCUAGAAACUGGCAUACCUUUACAAUUAACAAAUGAAUUUCUACGGGCGUGGUCUUGAGUUUAAAACACAGUGAUACACCCUUUGUCACCCUUUAUUUUGUAACCGUAGAGAGAGGGCGUGCUUUUCGUCUACCAGAAUAUUUAUAGGCCUUUAAUUGGUGAAAUUUUUAGGUUUUACAUCAGAUGAUUCAGAGUGUGUAAUGGAGACCUGCGCUGUUAUACUCACCAAGCUGUUCAGCUGUAAAGUGCGAAAGAUUCUUCUUCAGUCACCUGACCGUGUACAUCUUUUGGUUCAGCGUGUCUUGGUAUGUCAUUGGUGGAAAUCUUUUAUAGCUUAAUUUAAAGACGCAGUGAAACGAACGAAACUGAGGACUAAGUCGAGAGGACCUUACUCUCCUCAGUCCCCUCUCCUUUCCUUGUUUAGAAAGAUACAAAAUUUACUGAAAAUGAGCUGAAGAGAAACUGGGCAGCGUACGGAGAGAAGAUUUAAAUCGAUUUUCCAUCACCUACUUGAAAACUUCGAGGGAAUCGGAACAUCGUCCCGAGUGUUUGGUUAAUUUUUCCUAUGAUAUAAAUCAGUGAUUCUCACAGAACUCUAUUUUUGCCUUUACAGAACAGAGACAAUUCAAGUACUCUCCGCAAACAGUGUUUUGCAGAUCUACAAUAUCAGUAUUCCUUAUUCAAAGCAGAAGCUGGCCAAACCAACGCUCUAUCGACCUGCACGGAUAUGUGAUAACAAACUACAAUAACAGUAUUUACAUUCUAUUUAUGUUGGAUUGACAGAGCAAUUUUCAAUUGACAUUCGCCUCUAAUCCGGAGUCAUAUUGGUUUUGGUAUGCUGCGCAUGCGUCCCCCCAACUAAUCAGCUGCAUAAAUAGAUCGAAUCGGACACACGCGUUUUCCCGCACCUAGGGCAAUUUUAUCGUUUUUACUUUGGAGUUUCAUUGGCUCCGUGUGGUAUUCUUCUUCAUUCUGAUUGGCUGUUGUAAUAUUACGUUGGUUUUGGUUUUUCGGCACUAGUCGGAAUGCUUUCUUAUCGGUGAUGUUGGACUGGUUUUCUUCACAUGUGGCACAGCAGAUCAAAGAGGUCGCUUAUCCAGUAUCUGUAGUUUGUUGUUGAUGAACCCUGGGACAAUCCUGGGACAAAGAAAAAUGUUCCUUAGUUAGAAGAUUCCCUUGAACAAAGGACACCGAUUAGAAAAGGUUACACAGAGGAGCCUUCACUCGAGGGACUCUUCGGGCCAAAGAAAGUGUGCCCUAACAGAGGAACCCCCUUCAUAAUAGGGAACACAUAGACAGGUUAAAUUAGCAUUUUUUAUCCUAGAAUUGAGGUGUCCGCUUGUGUUUAGGUUCUCAGAAGAGAGAACUCAUUGUAUUGGGUUGUUCGAAACAAGUUGUCCAUAGUUUGUCGAAUGUGAUACCUCAAUUUUCACGGCGUUCUUUGAGAUGGGAAAAAUCUUAUCCAAGAGAAGUAGCUUAUCGUUAGUUAUUAUGCGUGCAGGUGUAUUAAAAACGCGCUACGUUUCAAUAUAAGCUAGUAAGGUGUCAAAUAGUUUUGUACGGAAGAACAAACGACGAAUGGUGUAUUAUAAAGAAACAGUUGAUUGACUUGGAUGAUUGAACACCUAAGUUUGUGAGUAAAACAAAUUAUCCUGCUCGAAAGGAGUCUGUUUUGAGUUCGAUGUCCGCGCGAACUUGAUCAAUGAAAUAUUUUGACUAAACAAUGCAAGCAGGUGUCUUUGCUAGAUUAUGUAGAAUGAGAUAUCUGAGGAGACCUAGUUAAAAUAUAUUAAAUUGUCGUUUUUUUUGAAAAAAUUCUUAGCCGUC